AUGGCCGAAGUCGUAUUCGCGAGACAGUUCCUGGCGACCUUGGAGUCGCGCCCGGCGAAGCUGUCCGCCGAUCAUGUCGAGGAUCCCAAGAACUUCCCGGCUCGCCCUCCCUACAUCCUGCCCAAGAUGCCCAAGGCCAUGAGUAAGCCCUCGAACCUUGCGCCGGGCCAGGAGCGCAGCGUCAACGUCACCCUCAAGUCCCUGCGCAACCCUCCCCUGGACAUCGUGCUGUCCUCCCAGUCGCUCAACACCUCCAUUCUCGACAUCAAGACGGCCGUCGAGGCGGAGUCACGGAUACCUGUGGACAAGAUGAAGCUGUUGUUCAACAAGAAGCCGGUGCCAGACAGCAAGGUGUUGAAGGACUUGCUUACGGAGGGCCAGGCAUCUCUCGAGUUCUCCGUGAUGGUUAUUGGAGGAGCUGCUGCAGUCAAGCCUGAGCCUAGCGCUGCGGUCGCGCUCAACACUACCGAGGAGGACAUCGGAGAGGCAGCAUUGGACACAGACGAAUUCUGGAGUGAUCUCAAGGGCUUCCUGUUGCAAAGGCUCAAGCACGAGCAAAAGGCGGAGGAGCUAUCAGGGCUGUGGCGCUCAACCUGGCAAGCGCAGAAGAAGUCAUAA